ACGUAAUUCUCCCAGCCAAAGUGGAAUUUGGGCCGAGUUUUUUUUCCCCCUACAGCCUGAAAACCACGUAGCGUUUCCAAUGUGUUUGUAAACGGUAGGAUUUGGAUACUUUUAGUGCAGAAGAAUAGUUUCAACAGCUCAGGCGAUGAAGGUUUGAGCUUAAACUUGCAUUGUAAACUUUGGAUGGAGUUUGUUGUCGCCCAGUCCAAACUAAGCACUGAGGCACUGAGGGGGAUCGGAAUUUACCGGUGAACAGGCUGGGAGGGGGAAAACGAGAAAAGAAGAUUGGCAAACUUUCUUUUUUUUUUUUUUUUAAGAGACUGCAUAAAUCUCCCCCUCCUCCUCUUCCUUCUAUCUGGGCUCCAGCCAUGGCGAAAAAAUACGAUUUCCUCUUUAAGCUGCUGCUGAUCGGGGACAGCGGAGUGGGUAAAACAUGCCUCAUCAUCCGUUUUGCUGAGGACAAUUUCAACUCCACAUACAUCUCCACCAUCGGCAUUGACUUUAAAGUAAAGACAAUUGAAGUGGAUGGAAAGAAAGUGAAACUACAAGUCUGGGACACAGCAGGACAGGAGAGGUUCAAGACCAUCACUACUGCCUACUACAGGGGAGCCAUGGGCAUCAUCUUGGUUUACGACAUCACUGAUGAGAAAUCCUUUGAAAACAUCCAAAACUGGAUGAAGAGCAUCAAGGAAAAUGCAUCUGCUGGAGUCAGUCAGAUGCUUAUAGGAAAUAAAUGCGACAUUGAGCCGAAACGGAAAGUGUCCAAGGAGACGGGAGAGAAGCUGGCAAAGGAUCACAGUAUCAGGUUCUUUGAGACCAGUGCAAAGUCCAGCAUUAAUGUGGAAGAGUCUUUUCUAGCUUUGGCACGAGACAUACUGCACAAAUCCACCAAGAAGCCGGGUUCGGCGGGAAAAGAGGUGAAAAUCACCAGCAGUACAGCGAAACUGCCCUCAAAGUGUGCCAUCCUCUAGAAGUGACAAAUAUAUGCCACUAUACUGUAUAUGCCACAGACAUUUAAGAGCACCAUGGAAAAAUGCAAAGGCUUUCUGUCUCCAUCUGCUGGCCGAAACUGGUACAAUACGUCCUAGUGCUGAGAGUUUAUCCAAACCGUUGUUUAGUCCACAAGAAUUUUAGCAUGCCCAAAUUAAUUUAUUAUUCCGAGACAUUUUGUUUUUGUGAUUGUUGCCACAAAAACAUGCUGAAAGUGUCCAAAUGCCUGAACCCAACAUGUUCCAUGUCUCCUGUGUCCAAUCCAAUUAUUCAUAGCUUAUUGCCACACUCAUUAUAAUUCCUGCACUGGCACUGUUGUAAUAUUAUCAUUUAUUCAUCUGAGCACAUGCUGUAGCAGCUUUCAGGAGUUUGAUAUUUCCUGAAAAUCAGAACAUUUCAGAUCAAAAACUUUUUUUAAAUUAUUUUCUACCAUUUUAUGUUAAGGUCCAAGUGCCAAAAUUCCAGUCGAAUAUGUUUAGGUAUUUUAAAUGUUGGAGCAGAUCAGAAGAAUAGAAAUGUCUUUAGUUAUUGGUUUAGUUUCUGGUCAGAGUUUGCAUGCAUAUAUAAAAGCAUAUAUAUAUGCUUUUAUAUAUAUAUAAAAGCAUUGUCUUUAUUUAAAUAAUUUGUUUGGGGUUUUU